AUGGGGCUCUAUGUCUCGGCCGAUGGGAGUGUCGCCAGUGCCAAGAAACCCGUUCCGAUGAUUCCUCUCCAUUUCUUUUCUUGCGACUCGCCUGGAAAACGAAGUUACGUACCGCGCAUCGCGCUCCUGAGGACCUCGUUCAAGACUCACUCCCAUAACGGCGACAUGGAUCGUCAGGAUAUCGCUCAUGUCGGCCUCUCUUGUCACUCGGCCUCUCUACACGGGAGGGCUUUCCCGAACCCAUUUUCGUCGUGGCUCGCCUCAUCCCCGAACCCAACAAGCUUCGUGGGUGCCGGGGCCCACCCGCCGUCCUCAUCCGUUGCGAGUUGA